UUAUUUAAACUCAUAGUGUUUUUUUACUCUUUGAAAUUUUACGAAUAGCAAGGAAAAAUAAGGAAACAAAUAAAUAAGCCAAGCAAAGAAAAGAAAAAAAAUAAGACAGAUUAAAGAUAAAAAUUUAGCGUGAUCAGAGAGAGAAGUCAAGAAUUUUGUAACGAAGAAGAACAGGAAGAAUUAAAAUAUAAAUAAAUAGAUAAAGAACUAUAAAAGUAAUAAGCAAUGGACUAAUCUUAGGAUGAUAAAAACAGGUUGAAACGAAGCGGAAAGAAGCGUCCUUAAUCACAACAACAACAAGAAGGUAGUAUUGGUUAAGGAGGUUCUACAAGCACCGCAAAUACAAAUACAACAGCUAUCACUAUAGGUAGUGCAAACACAGGAAAUACUCCUUCUGCAAGCGUAAAUAGCUCCCAAUUAGCACAAACUUCAUCUAACAAUGUAACAUCAAAUGCGACAGGGUAAUUAACCUAAGGUAUAUCAACUUCUAAUGCAGCCAAUUUAUAAUCAUCUUCAGCCUCUCAAUAAUUAACGGGUAAAAAUACCGAUGACACCCCUCUCAGUUAGAAGGUCACUGUUAAUUAAGAGCUUUUGGAAUAUGUCAACAAGCUUGAAUAUUUAGUUGUUUCUACGAGGCAAAAGCUUUUAAGAGAGAGGAAAGCGUAUUAAUAAAUCAUAUCUAGUCUUGCUUUAUAUUUUGAUGCUAAAGGAAUUAGAUCUUAGCAAGUUGAAUAAUAUGUGGAUUCCGUAGUUGAUUCUCUCAAGACCAAUUAGGAAGAAUCUGAAUUAGAGUUUGAAUAACUUGACUGGGUCAAAUUUUUGCACGAUAAAAAACAAGAUAAAUUGAAAAGAUCGAGAGAUAUGAUAGAUCUACAAGGCUCUAAUUUACAUAUAUCAACAGGAACUAGUGUCUUAAAUAUUAACUCAAACCUUUAAAACUCUAGCAAUCUCAGCAACGGAUUAUAAAAUUUAAGUAAUUUAAAUACAAAUAAUUUGCAAUCAAGUGUAUAAAAUUCUAAAAAUGCAACUAAUGGUGUUUCCUCCACAUUUGGCUCAGCUUCAAAUAAUAGUGCUUAAAGUAAUAUAAUUCGUCUUCCAAUGGGUAAUAAUGCAAAUGAAGAGAAAAAGGGCUCAUAAUAGUCCACUUUAACCUAAUCUAAAUUGAAGAGUAAAGGAAAUUCAAGCAAUACUAUUCAAUAAUCUCAGUCCUAGCAAUUAAGUAAAAAUUAUCCUGCAUCUAAUUUAAAUAACAGUGGAUCCACUUCAGGUAUUUUAGAAGCUGAUAGUGAAGAACCAAAAAAUAAAAAGAAGAAAAAGCCCAACUAAAGCGGAGGGAUCGCAUCAGAUUUGAGUAGUUUAUAGGUGAAUGCAUUAAAUCCUCAAUAACUUGCUUACUAAUAAUAAUAAUACGAACUUUUAAUGCAAUAAGAAUAAUAAAAAAUGCUUUAUUAAUAGUUUCUACAUGCCUAGUAAGUAAACUAAAUCUAACCUAAGAUGAACAACCAACUAUUUUAGUAAUACCUAAUGAAUUUCUAACCAUAAUCAAAUGCUUAGUGA